CUUCCUUCAGAAUCCUCGACUCCUGGGAUUAACUCUCCGGCUGCUGUAGCGAAAUUAGAUUUUCUCUAAAAUUUUUUUUUUUUUUUUAAUUUGUCCCUCCUUUCUUCUGCUCUCCUGUUUUUGAUCUCUCCUUUCUUCUGCUCAACAAGAUCACUAGAGUCCUUGUUGUCCGAUCAAAGCAAUGGAGAGAUUACACCGUAUUUUCUCCGGCGCCGGUGGCAUGGGCCACCCUCCGACGGACUCCCCUCUCCUCGACUCAUCGGAGCAAGUAUACAUCUCAUCUCUCGCUCUCCUCAAAAUGCUCAAGCACGGGAGAGCUGGGGUUCCUAUGGAGGUGAUGGGUCUGAUGCUCGGAGAGUUUGUCGAUGAGUACACGGUUCGAGUUGUGGAUGUGUUCGCGAUGCCGCAGAGUGGAACUGGGGUUAGUGUUGAGGCUGUUGAUCACGUGUUUCAGACCAAUAUGCUUGAUAUGCUCAAGCAAACUGGAAGGCCAGAAAUGGUGGUGGGAUGGUACCAUUCGCAUCCAGGCUUCGGCUGUUGGCUUUCUGGAGUUGAUAUUAAUACCCAACAGAGUUUUGAAGCUUUAAAUCCUAGAGCAGUUGCUGUUGUGGUUGAUCCCAUCCAGAGUGUUAAAGGGAAGGUGGUCAUUGAUGCUUUCCGCUUGAUCAAUCCACAAACGAUGAUGUUAGGUCAAGAGCCUCGCCAGACUACUUCCAACUUGGGGCAUCUGAACAAACCAUCUAUUCAGGCCCUGAUUCAUGGACUUAAUCGACACUACUACUCUAUAGCCAUCAACUACCGGAAGAAUGAGCUUGAAGAAAAGAUGUUAUUGAACCUUCAUAAGAAGAAAUGGACUGAUGGGUUGACACUGCGGCGUUUUGACACACACUCCAAAACCAAUGAGCAGACUGUUCAGGAAAUGCUGAACCUGGCUAUUAAAUACAACAAAGCUGUGCAAGAGGAGGAUGAGUUGCCUCCAGAGAAAUUGGCAAUCGCAAAUGUUGGAAGACAAGACGCAAAGAAGCAUCUCGAGGAGCAUGUUUCCAAUCUCAUGUCCUCCAACAUAGUCCAGACUCUGGGAACCAUGCUUGACACUGUUGUAUUUUAGGGGAACCUCUGGUUGCAGGGAAUCAUCUUCUACAAUUCUCUUUAUGCGAACCGGCACCCCCAUGAUUUGUGUGCACAAUUAUCUGGAAGUAGCGGUCGUGCAUAUCUAUUAUGUACUAACAAACAUUACUAGAGUUUCAUUUAAAAAAGCUUAUGUUUGGUUCAUCUGAUCGAUGUUUUGUUCCUUUCACUUCUGAAUCCGUGCGUUGUCUGUUUCCCCCGAGCAGUUUAAUCUCGAUGUGUAGCUCGUCAAGCUUGGAAGCUAGUCAUGUAAUAUUAUUAUCCAUAGUAGUAUAGUACGAUGAAUUGAGCCUUAA